AUGAAACGAUGUGUCAGCUUGUUUUUGAAAAUACGAAAAGAAUGGAUUACAAAAAACGGACAGGAAAUUGGAAAUUCAGAUGAAGUGAAGAUUGUCCUUUUUGGUGUUGGAGGUGUUGGAAAAUCAACUCUGGCUCUUCAAUUCAUUGCAGGACAAUUUGUGGAAGAUUUUGAUCCAACUAUUGAGGACAUUUAUCGAAAACAAAUUCACGUGGAUGGUAGUGUGGCCACGGUAUGCAUUUUGGACCUUGCAGGCCCGGAAGAAUAUCACGCGUUGAGAGUGGGUUUCAUUCAUUGUUCACAGAUUUUUGUGUUUGUGUGUGCUGUGGAUGAUCACCAUACUGCUCACGAGCUUGAGAGUUAA